CAACUACAACUACUAGUAGUAAAAAACUAGGAAUCAGUCCUUGAUAAUAUACUAUCAUUCAUUCUGUAUUUCUGAUCUUGUAAGAAAAAUGGAUCAUCCUCGAAGAAGAAAUGGCAGUCCAUUGUAUACAAGACAAUCAAGAAACGGUGAUGCUGAAUCAACUUCUCCCGGCGGAGGAAUGUCACCUGUACAUCCACAUUCUUCAUCAUCAUAUCGUGGUGGAUAUUCAGCAAAUGGAUUCUCAAGUAUAAAGAGAUCACAAAAUGUAGCUGCUAAAGCUGCUGCUCAACGUCUUGCUCAAGUUAUGGCUUCUCAUAACGAUGCCACCACCGACAAUGAUGACGAUGAGGACGAUGAUGAUCUUUAUAGUGUUCCUCCUCCAAUCUCAUUCUCGAACCGACCCAGUAGUAAUAACCUUAAUAAUCAGAAUCGGAAUAGAGUUCCCUUGGUUGCGAAGCCGAAUGGUAGUACUAGAUCUCAAUCUCCUGCUCUAGGCGGAAACGGUGUGGAGCAUGCACAAUCGGCUCGCUCUACAUCAGCUGGAAGGUCAUCAGCCGCUGUUCGUUCAACGUCAUUGAUUCCACCUAGAGCCAAUGCCUCACCUAAUAGAACAUCUUCGAGGACCCAGGUUUCUGUUCCAAUGGUGGAACCUUCUGUCAACCCACCUAGAGGCAAUGCAUCGCCUAGCAGAACAUCGUUGAGGAACCAGGUUUCUUAUCCCCCUAUGCAAUCUAGAGCCAAUCCAUCACCUAGCAGAACAUCAUUGAGGACACAGGUUUCUCUUCCGCUGAUGGAACCUUCUGCAAGUCCACCUAGAGCCAGCGCAUCACCUGGCAGAACAUCAAUGAGGAGUCGGGAUAGUAUUCCACCAACAGAACCUGGACAAAGAGAUAAUCAAAGAGAUAAAAGGCUUCCAUCAGAUGUGGGACAGAGCCUAAACGGAAUCGGAAAUCGCCAUGAGGCCUCAGCUCUUCAUGAUGAGCUAGAUAUGCUACAAGAAGAGAAUGAAAACAUGCUAGACAAGCUUCGGUUAGCAGAAGAGAGAUGUAAGGAAGCGGAAGCAAGGACCAAGGAGCUUGAGAAACAGGUUGCUUCUCUUGGGGAAGGCGCAUCUAUGGAAGCCAAAUUAUUGAGCAGAAAAGAAGCAGCAUUGCGUCAAAGAGAGGCAGCUUACAAGGCAGGGAAACAAACUAAGGAUGAGCGGAAUGAGGAAAUUUCGGUUUUGCGGAUAGAAGCUGCGAAUGCAAAAGAAGUGGCUGCGGCGGCUGUUGCACAGGUACGGGAAGCAGAAUCUGAUAUGAAAGCUCUUCGCUCAAUGACGCAAAGAAUGAUAUUAACUCAGGAAGAGAUGGAAGAGGUUGUUCUUAAAAGGUGCUGGCUUGCUCGCUAUUGGGGUUUAGCUGUAUGGCAUGGCAUCUGUGCUGAUAUUGCAGCGGCAAAACAUGAGCACUGGUCAUCUUUAGCACCUCUUCCUUUUGAAGUUGUCAUUUCCGCUGGACAGAAAGCGAAGGAUGAAUCUCCAGGUGUUGUUGAUCAGGACAGGAUGAACCUUACACGGGGAUUCAGUGAUCUAACCGGAGAGGGUAACAUUGAGAGCAUUCUUUCAGUUGAGAUGGGACUGAGGGAAUUAGUUUCUCUAAAGGUUGAGGAGGCUGUUGUACUAGCACUGACCCAACACCGACGCCCAAAUUUGGUGCGCCAAUCUUUGUCAGAUCCAAAAUCACCUGGUGAUCCAAAGUUUAUGGAGGCAUAUGAAUUAAGUCCAGAUGAAUCAGAAGAUGUUCUCUUCAAGCAGGCAUGGUUGACAUAUUUCUGGAGAAGAGCCAAAGCACAUGGUGUAAAGGAAAAAAUUGCAGAAAAAAGACUGACAUUCUUGAUUGACCGUAGUCAACACGCACCAACCUCUCAUGACGCUGUUAAAGUUGAGAAAUGUAUAAUGGAGCUGGGAAAACUAGGAAUCGAGCGCCAAUUAUGGGAAGCAUCUCGCAAGGAUCUCGAAAAUUUUGAGACCUCUCUCUGAUGCUGACGAUCAUCGAUUUUAUUUUCCAGUGUUCUUACAGUAAUCAAUUUUUCUUUUCGAUCUUAUUCUUGUUACUAAAUGUUUCCUGCAAUUUGUCAUAUGCUGAAUUUUGAUUUUAGUACUGUAAUCGGCAAGACGUGAAAUUUUCUGCAAUACGGGAGGCUAUUAUAAUUUUUCAUAACAUAA